AUGUUGCACUAUCUUGGACGUCUUUUUCUCGUAGCAGCCCUUGCUGUAGCUUGCCUCCGGCCCGCGACCCAGAACAGACCUUUACGCAGAGCCAUCGUCGGCGACAACAACGACAAUUACAUCACCAAGCUCCACCGACGAUGGUACUUUCUCUGGCCCGGCUCACUUGCUCCCAAACCUCCACGUGAAGGAGAAGAGCACAAGAUCAUCUACGCUGACUGGAUCGUUCAUCACGAUCCUGCUUAUAACAGCAACGUUCAGAAAGAAAUCGAACUCGCUCGCCUUCAGAAUCCGACGUUCAUUCAGGUCUCGGUCGGCGAAAGCAGCAGCAGCAGCAGCAGCAGCAGCAGCAAGAAGUCUUAG